AUGUCAGACAAGACCGCAUUGCAGGAGCGAAUCCUAGAAGAUGUGCUCUUCGCGCUUAUAAAAAAUGACGAAAUCUUUGACUUUGAGAAGCUUUGUAAGCUCUUUCCGAUGCUUGAGCGAAGCUAUAUCCAGAAGCGCUAUGAAGUUGCAAAAUCGCGAACUGGUCUGUUGGACGAAAUUCUUUCCAAGCCACCUAGAGUGAAAAAAGCGACAGUUCAAGAAGUUCAAACAGUUCUUUCUCAAGAAGAAAGCAUUUCCCGGAGAAAGAGCUUUACGGAAAACUCGCCUAAAUCAACAGACAAGCCGAUUGUAACAAUUCAUGUCAGCGACGAUAAUCGGGAAAAAGUGACAGAUUUCUCUUGCGGAGUCGAUUUGCUCGUUCAAGAAAUGCCGUAUUUUGACGAAUUGAUACCAAGAAACGAAGACGAACUCAACGAGCUGGACAUCAGUGUUCAAUGUGAUACGGACAUCUUCUCGAUUCUGAUGCAAUGGGUCAAGCGAAGGGAGUUGGAUAAGCCUUUUGAUAUCACGAAGCCGAAUAUUGUUUCCGUCUUGAUUUCCGCUAAUUAUCUUGGAAUGACCUCUCUCAUCGAUAUUGCUGCCCAAAAAGCUGCUGGAUUCUACAACUCGAUCAACUUGAACCCUCUUUCGAAAUCCCGCGAAAAAGGAUCCAAGGACUUACUGAAGAAAGUUCAACUCUACGUUUCUGCGCACGAAGCGCAAAAUCUCCCCGAUGGUUCAGCAAAAGAAGAUGUUUUCCGCCGUCAUGUGGCAAAGCUCAUUGCGGAAACUAAAUUCAUCAAGUGCAAGUCUUGCGCGAAGAUACUCCCCUGGAAACAUCGAUAUGCACUGCCCUGUAUUCCGAAUAAGGCGCAAAUUGAUAGAAAUGGAGAUGUGCGAUGGAAUCACAUGAUCGAAUUUGGAUGGGACUUUGUCGAGAGCGAACUUCCAUCGUUGCAGAGCAAGUUUGAAACGAAACAGCGUCUUUACUGGGGAAUUUGGGGACUGGCGAAUGUCUUUUGCUGUAGCGUGUGCAAUAUACAGUUUCAGGCAGCGGACAUACAAAACUGUAUGUACCACCCAAAAGAAGACAUCGGAGGCACUUAUCUAUGCUGCAAGCGGAAGAAACAGCACUUCCGGUCGCUGAUGGCUCAUAAUGGAUGUACUCACAGAGCGCACAAAAUUGAGGAUGAGAAGAUUCAAGAGUACAUGGAAUUUAUUGGCGUAGAAAGAAAUUUUAAAGUCGGACCAAUCGGCCCUGUCUGGAAAGAACCAGAAGAAGUACAGCAAUCUCCCUGGCAAAGCAGCAAAUCAAAACGGUGGAAUCUCGACAAUAUCCGAGAUUCAGAGCGACAAAUGUUCAAAUCUGAGUCGGAAAGUUGUGCGUUUGGAACUGUAACGAACGUCCCUGCCUCUGGAAUCUACACUGUUCUUGAAAAAGAGCGCGGUGCGAAAUAUCAGUCUUCCAAAAAGAAAAAUUCUUAG